GUUGUAUUCUGUGGUUGUCUUGUACUUUCUAAAUCGUAUUGGUGGUAUUGGUGUUAUUGGUAUUCGCUCAGACCGAUUAUUAAAUAUUAAUAUAUGUACCUAUUCUCUGGGUAUUCGCAAUUCGUAUUUGGUAACUUGUAACCUGAAAUUUAUAAACUGUAGCCAAAACCACAAAUAACUGUAACUGUAACUUCCUUUACAUUGACAGAACAGAACAGAACAGAACAUAUAUAUUUUAUUGUUGAACUUGAUUAGGAUCAGGGUAGAAUGAUUCGUAUGGUUUUGAUUGAUUUGAGCGGAACUUUACAUAUAGACAAUCAAGCAAUUGCUGGAGCUGCCGAGGCGUUAAAAAAAUUAGUAGACCAUAAUUUAACAAUAAAAUUUGUUACCAAUACCACUAAGGAAAGUAAAAGAAUUUUACACAAUAGGCUUACUUCUUUAGGAUUCUUAGUAAAUAAAGAUGACAUUCUAAGUUCAUUAGGAGCCUGUCGAAAUUUAUUAGUGGAAAGAAAACUUAAGCCAAUGCUCAUGAUAGCACCUGAAGCUUUAGAAGAUUUUAAUGGUUUGGCGUGUCCACCAAACGAGAUGCCAAAUGCUGUUGUAAUUGGACUUGCACCAACGGAAUUCAACUAUAAUAAAUUGAAUGAAGCUUUUAGACAUUUACAAAAUGGUGCUCAGUUAAUAGCCAUCCACGCAGGAAAGUAUUAUAAAACUAGUGACGGUUUAAGUUUAGGCCCAGGAUGUUUUGUUAAAGGAUUAGAAUACUCUGCUCAAUGUACUGCAACGUUGGUUGGAAAACCUAAUAAAUUGUUCUUUCAAGCUGCUCUAGGAAAUAUUCCUGCAGAGCAGGCGGUUAUGAUAGGAGAUGAUGUAACUGAUGAUGUAAAAGGAGCAAUGGAUGCAGGACUACAAGGAUUUUUAGUGAAAACUGGAAAAUACAAGGCAGGAGAUGAAAACAGGAUUAAUCCAAGCCCAUCAGCCGUAUUUCCUAGCUUUGUGGAAGCAGUAGAUUACAUAUUAUCACGGAAUAUAUAAUUGUAUAUUUUAUUAUAAAUUUAUAAUACAAAUAUAGUUAAUGAAAUAGUAUUUACUCUGAUAUAAAAUUAUAAUAUAUGUAUAAAAAUACUUAAAAAUCGUGUUAACAUUACUGUAUAAAUAUAUAUGAGCAUAUAUAAAAAAUAGUAUAACAAUAAUAAAAAAAUAACACAACAAACAACCAUUAAUAAAUAUAUACUAUU